UUAUUCCCCUAUGGCCAAUAGCGUACCCAAGAUAUUUGUUGCCAUUUCAGGUAAGUCCCAUGAUAAUUUAUCCCUCUCCACACCAUUUUUAAGCUAAACUCCCUCAAAACUUUAGGGCUCUUAUUAUUUAUUUUCUUUUCCAUGGCUCACAAUAAUCCUCUCCGUUCUUCAACUUUGGCCGGUACCCUGAGGAUUUUACUGCUUCAUGCCGUCCUUUAAAACCCAAUUUAGAUUGGAUGCAUAAGUGAAUAUACACUUUGAACGGGAUGGAUGAGGCGGUUGAUGAUGAUGCAACAGGAGUUGCUGCUGCUGAUGAUAUUUUGGAUGGGAAAAAUUUGGAUAGAAUGGGUUCUUCAGAACAAGCAAGUGUGAGUCCUCACUGUAUGAAUAAUUCUGGAAUUAUGGUUGAAGAAUUGACGUUCACAAAUUAUAGUGGUGAAAAUCUUGCUAUAGUGGGUACCUCAGACAAUAGAGAUCGAGUGCAGAGCUGGAAGAAGCAUUUGCAUCAGAAGGCGACUGGAUCAGGAAGUGCAGGCUCAAAUGGAGAUGCUGCAAAUAGAGACAGGAAUUGGAAGCAAAAAGUGUCUGGAGGAUACUGGGCAUUU